AUGGCAUCAGUUAAGGUUGAUUUUGAGGUUGGACAUGAUGGGGUUGCUGUUAUCACCAUGUGUAAUCCACCUGUUAAUGCUUUAGCUCUUCCAAUUAUUAGGGUGUUGAAAUAUAAAUUCGAUGAAGUCGCGAGGAGGAAUGAUGUAAAAGCUAUCGUUUUUACUGGAAAAGGUGGGAGAUUUUCUGGAGGGUUAGACAUCAGUGUUAUGCAGAGAGUUCACCAAACCGGUGAUAUUACACUUGUUCCCGAUGUAUCUGUGGAGCUAGUUGUCAACUCAAUUGAAGAUUCGAAGAAGCCUAUAGUUGCAGCAGAGUUCUCUGUUUGGCUUUGUCUCAAUUAG